UUUAGAUAGUGUAUUUCAUAAACCACAUAUUAUACUGCUGUCAGAUAUAGAUUUAGAAAAAUAUAAUAAGAUAACGAUAUAGUGCUAACACGGAUUUAUAAUGUAAGUUUUAAGUGUGAUCCUUUCAGGCACUUUAUUGAACAGCCGCCUCGUUCUUCUUCUUCGAGGACCCUCCAGGCCAUCAUGGCGGCGCCCGAUGGAACUUUAAACUGUGAGGACUUUUCGAUGUUUCAGGAGGUGCUGAAGGUGAUGCGCACCAUAGAUGACCGCAUAGUCCACGCCCUGAACACCACUGUGCCCACAGUCUCCUUCUCAGGAAAAGUGGAUGCAACGCAAACAUGCAAAGAACUCUACGAGUCUAUGAUGGAAGCCCAUCUGAGCAGAGAUAAAUCUAUCAAGGCCUGUAUAGCGCAAACAUCUGAGGUGGUGGGACAGCUGCGUGAAGAGCGGGCCAAGGAUGACGAAAACCUGACGCUACUCAAACAGCUCAGAAAGGAGCAGACCAAAUUAAAGCUAAUGCAGUCGGAGCUGAAUGUUGAAGAAGUUGUCAAUGAUAGAAGUCUGAAGGUCUUCAGUGAAAGGUGCAGAAUCCACUACACGCCUCCAAAGGUUAAGUGAAGCUCUGAAGGUGCUUUUGUUCAGAGUACAAACCCAGACUGGAGCUGAGACUGUGAGCCAUUUGGGUCCUGCAGUCAGGACUCUGACCUCCUCCACACCUCAUUCAUAUUCCAUGUUAUCGUACUGCAUUACCAUCGCUGUAAAAGAGUUAUCUGUCUGCUUCCUUACAGAGCCUCACUGUUUGGAAGAACUGUUUUUUUUUUUAAAAAGAAAGUGAACCGUUUUCAAGCGACUUCUGUUUUCUGUGUUUUCCCUACUUUUUGAGUAUUCCGAGGAAGUUAAUAACGCUGAUUCACCCUUGACGUUUUUAAGGCUGAUGCUGAUUUCUCCUUCUGGGAAAAUAUUCGGGAACAUUUUUCAGCUAUCACACUCAGGAGGUUCAAAAUCUGGUUUUUUACCAAACAUAAAAACUGAAUUAAUAUUUCCACUGGCCUCCAUGUGUUGUUUGUAAUAACUGUGUGGUGACAUGCCAAAGGAGAGGCUGAUUUUAGUAUUUCAAUAAAUGAAUGAAAACCCUUUAUCAGCCCAAAAUAGAAGAGUUGUUGUUUAACCAAUUAUUCUACAUCCACCCUCAUCCGCAUAGUUUGAUAGGUAGGUGCAGAGCUAAAGGCUGUGAUCUUGAAGAUAAUCUCUUAGAGGGCUACUCAUGGACUCAUAGAGUGUUACUGUGUUGUUGAGCCCCUGUCUAAUAAGACUAUUUAAAAAAAAAAAA